AUGGAGGAUCCAAGAUGGAGGAUGGUUCCUCUUCCAUUGUUGAUAAUAAAUGACGUCAUCGUGACGACACUACUAUUAUUAAAUAUUAUUUAAAUGUUAACAAAUUGGUUGAUUUUAUUUGACAGAAUACUAUUCAAGUAUUUUUCGAAUUAUGACUAUUUUGACGGGAAAUUUGAUUUUGAUAAUAUGACGUCAUAAUAACGUCAAUUACGUCAUUAAGUCAAUCAAGUUAUACGUAGAUGUUGGACAUAGUGAGUACAUUAUUUUAUGCAAUUUUGGUGCCAGUAUUAUGAGCGGUUUUAAAGGUAUAGGGGGAGGGCCUCCGGAUUCGCCCCCCCCCCGCCCGUCACAGGAGUUUUAAAAAAAAGCUAGGUCGGAUUAGGGUUAGCUUGUUUCCAGGACUUUUAUAUAGCAACUUGGCUUCCUAGUUAGACUAAUCCUCGCUUGGUGCCCAUCUGUCAGUACAGUGUAAACUUUUUCUUGUAGAGACCUGUCUUCAAAUGCCAUUACUGUGCUCCCUAACGGAUUGUUUGACCAACUUUCAGUUCUAACCAUACUGUAAGUAAUAACAAAGUCUUUCCACUGUCGUUUUUGUUUUUAAAUGAAUAACCUUUAGGGUGCGUUACAUAGCUCGAGUGUGAGGAUACUUCCUCCUUCGAUUUAUGCCAGUAUUUUAUUUGAUCAACGUUCCCCAGUCAACGUUGAAAAAAAGUUUUUGGGAGGCGGAAUAUUUAGUUCCAAACUGUACACCCCUAAUAGUUGUUUCAUUGAUCACUCGCAGGGAUUUGACCUCUAACGCUAUCUCUUCACUGCCUGAUGGAGUGUUUAAAGGAAUGACAAAUCUAUUUUACCUGUAUGUACUUGCAAAACGUAUUUGUCCAUCCAUCCACCCAUCCGGCCUUCCUUCCAUCCAUCCAUCCAUCCAUCUAUAGAGCGUUUUCACAUGACGUCACGACAGCCAUAUUGGUGUUCCAAAACAAUAAAACGGCGGCCAUGUUGGUGUUCCAAACCAAUCCUGUAGGAGUUGAACUCUUUUCUUAUGCAAACGCUUCCUUUUGUUUCAAUAAAUUUGCAUAGAUGCUGGUCACGUGAGUGAAAACGCUCUAUUCAUUGAGCCAUCCAUAUUCUUUCGUAUUAGAAAAAUGGUAUUAAUUUUGUUAAUUUCCUUUCAUUUUCCGUGAAGUAAAAAACAUUAACAACAAAAUUAAUUACACAAAUAAUUGAAAGAAGUUAGUGCUGACAUUCACAAAUUUUUUUAAGGAGCCAAUCGUUUAAAAAUUGUUUGGCGUCACAUUUUAGAGUUGUGUGACAAUUUUCUAUUGCAUAUUUUAAGAAAUGACGUAAGUUGCUAAAAAUCAUAUAUUAACAUUUUGGAUCAUAUUUAUGCUCUUUGAAUCUUUCUUAAUUGACCAUCUAAAUGCCAAUAUCGUGGGAAAAGAGCUUUCAAACACUAUUCUAUUCCUUUCUUGUGAUUAUGUUUAUCCAUUGCAACCAAUAACGUUAAAUUAUCCUUCAAAAUGACAAUACCUAUCUUUUAUUAAAUAGAUAUCUGAGGAACAAUAACAUAUCACGAAUAUCAGAGAAGACUUUUGAAUGGAACCGUAAUCUCUGGUAUCUGUAUGUACAAAUGACAAUCAACGUUUUCGCUAUAGUUGCCCUUAAGAUUUUAAACAGAUACCAGCUACUUCAGAACUGGUAGUCUUGAGGAUGUGUUAUCGAUGCUGUUAAUUACCUGUGUUUCUUAUGCUCGAAAAAGAAGAAAGAAACAUCUUUUCUCAUACUUAGAAUAUGACCAUCUAGCAUUCCCUGUCUUUGCGAGUCCAGUAGGAUGAAUUAAGAAAUAUUGAACUCGGUAUGCUAUCCUGAUACAACAUUUUUAUAAACUAUUUAAAAAAAAUACACCUGUAGUUUAUAACUCAAUCGAUCAAAUCAAAGACAGGUCAUGAAAUUUGAAAUCUGAAUGCUAAAUGCACCCUUACAUUCGAUUCCUGUACUCUUCAGGCACUCGCCAUUUUUUAGCUGUGUCAUCUAAAGAAUUAAAAGUGACAUAGAACUGAUCCUUGUUACAAAAGGAAAAAGAAUUCAAAAAUGUUUUAUUUUACAGCCAUGUUACAACAUUCUAUACUUUUGCUGAAAAUAUCUCUACCAAAACGUCGUAUCUGGCAACUAUAGCAACGACACGUCACAACACUUCUGAAUGGACGUCAAAACUUAUAUAGCUCAGGGCCGUAAUUAACAUGCAUACAUGUAGCAAUCCUGUACUUUUUCGUUUAGCCGAGCGAAAACAGCGCAGGAGACGGGUGAGGGCAUGCAUUGAAAAGGAGCAAACAUUGUUGGCGGGGAAAGGGUGGGGAAAGGAAAGGAAAGUGCAUCCUGUUCGUUAACAAACGGCUUUCGAUAAAAUGUUUGGGCGCAAUGGCAGGCGUUUCCUUUCCUCUCCUGCCCCCCUCCUCCUCACUCCUACCUUUUUGUUCGCCCGCGCACGUCUCCUACGCUUAUCCUGUUUUGUUAAAUAGAAACGUAAACGACUGCUACACAGGCUAGGUCGUUAUACACUUGGUUACUUCCCCAAGCUGUAAGCUAUCUUUUGUUCAAUUACAUAAAUAUUAUCACUGUUUUAGAAUUAUAAGUGCUAAUGGCUUGGAGAUGAUUCCACGUCGAGCCUUUAAUCUGGUUUAUCCAGCUCGUUCUCAGAUUGACUAUUCUUUUGUGUCCUCCGUUAUGUGAGUAAAACAUUUAAUUAAAGCGGUCAUGCGACCUACAUUCUGCCAUAUACUUAAAACACACGAAACACAUAAUUUCUUUGCGUGUUAUGAUUAUUUCAGUUUUUAAAAAAUAUAUAUGCAUUAUUUUUUUAAAGAAAAUAUACUCUAGAGUGGUCAGCUUCUAGCCUGUACACACACGUUGUUUUAUUUUUCUUUUCGUUCUUUUCGAAACGAUCAAAAAAUCUCCCGCGCUUUUAAUUUUAUUUUUUAUAACGCGUGCUCGACGGACUUUGAAGAGAAAAUAGAGGGCCUGCGAACAGGCUAGUCAGCUUCUUAUGAACAUUUUACUUGAGACAGGCAAUAAACCUUAAAUAAUUUCUUGCAAGAAAUCCACAAAUCUACUUCCUCCAAAUUUGCUGAUAAAAGAGUUUCCAUUAAUUUUUAGCAUAAUAUAUAGUGACCAAUCAUGACGUAAUGCUGAACAUAUUAGGUCGACGAGUCACGUGAACUAUUUUUAAAUGUUCUGUUUAACAUUCUAUUUUAGCGUCGCGGACCUGUCUUCAAAAAAGAAAGAAAAGCGGUCGUCGCCUCACGUGAAUAUUACUCAAGAAACCACUAAGGGUUAAUUAUUACAAUAUCAAACGUCAUGCAAUGCAGCUAAAAGAAGGGAGUAAGAUAAUCAUGGGGUGAAAGAGAAACAAUUACAACUACAAUUAAAUGAAGUGAAUUCCUGCAGCACCAUAUCCUUUAUUUCAACACGAACUAAAAAUCUUAAAGCACUAUGCUUGUGGGGUCGUGUAAGAUAAGUUACAAUGUAGAACUGAAAUAACUAAUUUUCAACUACAGUGGGACCCCGUUAAUACGGUCACCUGAUGGGCCAAAAAGUCUGGCCGUACGGGUGACCGUAUUAACGAGGGUUUUUUUUUUUACAAGAAAAUGUAUGGUCGUUUUGCCUGGCGGCGAAAAACAAUGGCCGCAAUAACGAGGUGACGGUAUUAUCGAGGUGGCUGUAAGGCGGGGUUCCACUGUACAAUAAAUCUCUAAAAAAUCUUCGACAACAGUUAGGAAAAUUAAACUUAAACACAAAGGCAAACAAAAAGUCGAGGCAAAGCGUGGGCAUCGUCUGGACUGACUCUGGAACUAAUUUACUAAUCAUAUUAAUUUUCUUCCUUUUCUCACUAAAUUAUCCCUGUAGGAUGUUUUCAGAUAAUCCCAUCCGGGCAAUCGAGCCAGAAGCAUUCAACAUUAGCUUCCCUGACGAUAAGCCAAUGGCAAUGUAAGAUAUCAGCUUCUGAUUGCGUGGACUAUAAAAACCUACACGUGUUACCUGGUCGUUAGACGAAGCAUGAAUACCGUUUUUCGUAUGAACAUCAUUAUAUGUUUUUUCUUACCAGAUAUUUGCUUCGCACGAAGAUAAAAACAGUGAGCUUAGAUUCUUUCGUCGGUCUCAGUGGACUCGAUUCCAUACUGUAACGUAUUUUUUAAAGUAUUUAAUAUACGGUGAUGCAUUGUAGAACUACCAGAAAAUUACUGUUAUUUUUUAAAGAAAAUAGAAAAAAAUAAAUGACAACUAUUGUCAUCACAAUUACAAUUGACAGUGGUCAAAAACGACUGCGUGAAAAUACUGGCAUUCUUACCUACAUUGGUCUAAUGAUUUCCCUGAUUUCCCUCUAGUCAGCAGUUCUUUGCCUUAUAUUUGCCCCCAGCAAAUUUGAUCUGAAUCUAUGUCAUAUCAAUUGCAAAAACAUAUUUUCUGGUUUACACUUUUGAAUGUUAUUGCUAUCUUGGGCAAAAGCGAAGAGUAUAUACCUUCCUUUCUAUGGUUGCUCUAAACUGGGGGACGAACAAUAGCUAAAAAUGAAACGGUCGUUUUAACUUAAAUUUUAUAUUUUCAAGAUCUUAAAAUUUACCUUAGCCCUUUUUUUCAUCUCCCUUAUUUCAGGUAUCAAUUUGUUUCAUUUCUGAUCUUUUCAGGUUAAUGGAUAAUAGAAUACUUCGAACUCUGAAAUAUUCAGUUAACAACGAGAUUCGCUGCACAAUUUAUCUGUCAGUAUAACAAACACUUAUAAGCAAAUGUUUUUAAUCUUGAGGAAAUUUGAAAAUGGCCAAAGCAAGACUCUCCUUCACGCUUGUGUGUAGUAAGUCAUUUAGAUGAAACUACUCACGAUGGACACAAAUGACGUCAGAGCUUAAUAAUCCUUGUAUUUUAAAAUUAUUUUAUCGUGUCAUGCUCUUUAAAAAUUAUUUAUUUGAUGUAUCAUAAGUUAAAAUUGAAAUUUUGCUGUCAAACUUGUGACGUCAUUUUUCCGCCAAAAACCGUUAAAACUGAAAAAUAAAAAGCAUACCAUUGUUUGUCUUUAGACGAGGCUGUUAAGUUACUAAGUUUUACUUAACAUUAAAGUCGGAAAGUUGAAACGAUUCAAGAAAGUUUCAAGUGACUUGAAAAAGGAAAGGCGAAGCAUGUCAAUCAAUCUUAAUUAUGUUGCGUGGGAAAAUAGGCUUAAGUAAACCUGAAGUAAAAAAGAUAGGUUGUGUGUGAAGCUUUCUUUUACUUGAAGAAUUUAACAUUUACUUGUCUUGAAAUAUUUCUUAGCUUAUUUUGUCUCUAGUGUAAAGACUACCAUUGUUUUGAAUACAGAUUUCUUUCAUCUAGCAUAGUUUUGAACAGAAGGAUUCACAACUUUUGCUGUCUUGAUUUUUUCUUUUCUUUUCUUGUAACAUUGUUUUUAGAAAUCCAUACUUGUCUGAAACAGAGUCUAUCGCUGUGCCUCUUCCCAAAUCUCAAAAUGGAAAAGUCUGGAUUUCUGCUCUAGAGGCAUCGGGAUUCACACGAACACCAGAACAAAAUGAAGACUUUUGGUUUUUCCUUCCGUGCCCGGUGGGAACAUUUUCCAACUCUUCUUCUCAAGGUUCGGAAGGAUGCAUAUCAUGCCCUCCAGGUAUUGUAUAGUUUUGCAUUAUUAUUGUUCCUCCGCGCAUCUGGAUAAGAAGUCUUUUGAUCGCCAAAAAAAAAGAAGCUUCUCCAACAACAUUGUUUUAGUUUAUUAAGCCCCUCUUUUGUGUUGCAUUGGUCCUCCUGGCAUAACGACUUGAUGAUUCUUGAGCCACUCAUACUGUGUCCCUUAUUUUGCUGUUUAGGAGGGUUUUACUGUGACGAUGUAGGCUAUGUGGGAACGACUGGUAAGAAAUGCCCAAAUGGUUCCUUCGUAGCGUAUGAUAAAGCACCUGGGACACAAGUGCAAGAUUGUAAGACCUGUCCUUUAGGUAAAUAACAAUUAAUAUAACUGACUGAGCAAUAUUUGCUCAUAGUUUCUUUUCUUUUCUUCGUUGACCAUUUGGAGUGAAUAAGGUAUUGUUAUUUACUCGCUCAGAAAAAAAAAAGCAAACACCAUCGCGAAAAAAGUUGGGUAUCAAGUGUUUUGGUAAGGACAUACUGGUCAUUUAAGAAGCUAGUAUCGAACCCUCAAAAACGUCUUUCUUCCAACCUUCAGAAUUCAGAUUCAUUGAAACUGCUUAAAUUUAGCUUCGUUUUUCAGACCUCACCACAGUGUCUGGCUUAUUCGUAUAUCAUAAUGUAGUUCGGACUCGAUGAAAUUUCAGUGUACUAGUUUUAUAGUUUGUUUUUUUUGGUUGAUUGUCUCUUAUUCAAAAUCUUGAAUGUUUCUUAAUCAUUCAUAGGUACAGACAGUGAUCUGUUUGCUGGACUGCGUGCUUGUUCAUGCUUGAAAGGUUAUUAUCGGACUGAUAUGUUUGGCAAAUGUCAAAAAUGUGGAAAUGGUCUUGAAUGCCAGAAUGAGUUUGCCACUUUAAAAUCUGGUUACUGGUGGAAAUGGAGAAACAAUACUCACAAAGAUAAGUACCAAAGUUUUAUAGACAAUCUCUUGUCAUCUUCGCCGGCCUUGGACAAAGAGAAGGUGCAAUAUUCACUUCCUUUGCCAACUCCAUACAAGUGCCCAGAGGAAAAGUCUUGUAAAGGUGGCAUGGAUUCCACUUGCGAAGAUGGAUACAAAGGCCCACUUUGUAGUGUAUGUACAAAAGGACACUAUAAGAAGUUACACCAGUGUCAAGAAUGUCCAUCUAAGAAGUUGAUAGCAGCACAGCUGUUUGCCAUUGCUGCUAUUUUGUUGAUAAUCAUCGCAGCUUGUGUUUGGAAAACCAACAGGAAUGGCCAGGAGAGCGAAGUAAAAACCUCUCUAAUAGAUAUCUUCUUAUCCAAAAUUAAGAUCGUAAUUGGGUUUUAUCAAGUCACCUACGGUUUGCUUGAAGCUUUUUCGUACAUCGAAUGGCCAGAGUCCAUACGGGUCAUCAGCAAGUAUUCAGAAAUACUUCAGUUCAACAUACUUGAGAUGGCACCAGUUCACUGUGUUAUCACCGGACUGCGGGCAGAUGCAUUCGCUAAUUUGUUUUCAGUAAUGUUAAUAAAUGCUACAGUUACUGUGUUCGCGGGCGUCGCCAUCAGCGUGUGUAAAGUGAUUAGUUUGAAUAAAAGUAUCUUGGAAGACGAGCAGAAGUCAAAGAAAAUCUCGAAUCUCAAAGAAGCAUUUUAUAAGAAUUUGUUUUUCCUUUUGUACGUAACUUACCUCAGCACGUGCUCUAAGACAGCAACUGUCUUGCCGAUUGCCUGCCGAGAACUUUGUGAAGACGAAAAAGAAGGGUUUUGCUUGAAGUACUUGAAAGCAGAUUAUAGCAUACAGUGUUUUGAUAACCGGUACAACAAAUUCAUAAUAAUUGCCUAUAUUUCGGUCGCCUACAUUUUUGCCCUUCCCACAACCGCAUUCAUCUUUCUCUGGAGAAAACGAAGAGCAAAACAAUCGCUAACAUAUGCCGAUCAAGGAUUAAGCGACGAAAUGAUGAAGGGAAUGCAAUUUCUUUACGAAAACUACAAUAGUGCAUCUUGGUAUUGGGAAAUAAUAGAAAUGUCUCGUAAAGUAAUCGUCACAUCUGGCCUGAUCCUCGUGGGACAAGAAAGCAGAUCCUACAUUGGCCUGGCAUGGGUCAUUGCUGGUAUGUACGGAAUCAUGUUUGCCUGGAAUCGCCCUAUACAAGACGCAUUUGACAACCUAUUGAUGACAGCAUCCAUUGGUGUUACUGUUUUCAAUUUGGGUGUUGGGAGUAUCAGCAAAAUUCCCGCAGAGAACCUGCCUGCAGCGGCGGAAUCGUACGUGGAAACCGUUAUGUUCAAUAUAUUGGUUCUGGCAGCGAACACGUUGGUGAUUGGGCUGCUAGCUUGUAAGAAAAUUAUGUUGUUGAAAAGAACUUUGAUCUAGCUAGAGCUCUUGAGACCAAUUCCAUUCAAAAUAUAGCGACCACAACCUAUCUUAAUUUGUUUUAAAUACAUCCAAAACGCAUGCUACCCUAGGACUAAAUGUAGUUGAACAGUUGCAGCUACUUCGACGGCAUCCAAAGAAAUAUCUGUACUUGUGACGACUUAGUCAAGAGGGAAACUAGAAUAAGAAACUAGUUACUUAUUGUGCUCUUCUUUUCUCAGUUCAGUACAUAUGGCACCUUUAUGAGUAUAUCAUGGAAUGGCGAAAAAACCCACAGUGGUCGUUUUCAUGCUGCUUGGCCCUGAUUCUUCCUCUUGUCGGUUUGCCAGGAGAUAUAAGUGGAUUUGAAAGCUCAAAUACAAUAGAUAACCAGCUAGAAAUCGGAGAAAUGGAAAUUUCUACUACAUCUGACGCCGACCAAGAUGACACUCUUGGGGAAAGGAAACAAAGUAAUGGUGACCUGAAGGCGGCCCAAGGUGACAGCACUUUCAGCGUCUGGUCCCAAGCUGAGGAUAAAAGAACGUCCGGCGCAGAUCAAGGAAGUGGAUCCAUUAAUGUCCGGGCGGGCGAGAACAAACAAGGUGGUGAUAACGAUGGAAAUAAUGGCUACCAUGUGGUGGAUAAACUUAACGAUGAAAAAGAGGAAAAAAGCUCCAUUGCCACUUCUGUGAGAUGUAGGUCCAACAAAUGCCAUCAAGGAACACAGACGGUGUUUGCGCGACUGUGGAGCAUAAGCCAGUAA